AUGCCGAACCUUCAGCCUAGCAGUCGUUGGUUCCAUGGACCGGACUUUCUGCGGCAGCCUGAGAAUGAAUGGCCUGGUUAUAGUGGAGAUCAAGGUGCAACCGUAGAGGAGCUUCGUUCAAAUAUUCUUCACCACACAGUAACAAAACCACUGGUAAAUUUCGAACGCUUUUCAAAAUGGAAACGGCUACUUAGGUCGGUUGCGUAUGUUCAUCGCUUCGUAUCGAAUCUUCGUAAGCGCGCCAGGAAGACUUCCAUCGAGCUCGGCCCACUAACGCAGGAAGAGCUGAAGCUAGCAGAGAACAUUAUUUACCGGUCAGUUCAACAGCAGGCCUAUCCAGGUGAAAUCCAGGUGCUGCGCAACGGUUCAACAGAACACUCAUGGGAGCGCACAUUACCGAGAAACAGCCCGCUGCACAAACUGAAUCCGAUCAUCGAUGAGCACGGUGUCUUGCGAAUGCGAGGACGUAUAAAUGCCUGCGAUUGGGUUGAUGAAGCCACCAAAAACCCGAUCUUGCUUCCGAGGAAAAACUACGUGACUCAGUUGGUGAUCGCCGACUAUCACGCAACUUACAGACAUCAAAAUCACCAUACAGCGUUGAAUCAGAUCCGAUUAAAGUAUUACAUAUCCCGUCUCAGAUCAGAGUUUGAUCAAGUCCGUAGAAGAUGCCAACGAUGCAAGAUUUUUAAAGCAAAUCCACAGCCACCAGCAAUGGGAAACCUUCCGUCUGCCCGGUUGGCAGCCUUCCAGCGACCAUUCUCUUACACUGGAGUCGACUAUUUUGGGCCGAUGUUAGUGCUAGUUGGCAGACGAACUGAGAAAAGAUGGGGAGUCCUGCUUACCUGCAUGACGACCAGAGGUGUGCACAUCGAAAUCGCACAUUCGUUGUCGACCGAUUCGUGUAUCUUAGCUCUACGUAACUUCAUAGCAAGAAGAGGACCGCCGCUGGAAUUCAUAAGCGACCGAGGUGCGAAGUUCAUAGGAGCUGUCCGGGAGCUGCGCGAAGCCCUCAAGCAUGUCGACGAGGAGAAACUUAAGAUAGAGUUCGUCAGUCCUGUCACCAAGUGGACCUUCAAUCCACCAGCCGCCCCGCACUUUGGCGGCUGUUGGGAGCGUUUGAUCCAGUCUGUCAAGCGCACCAUGAAAGAUUUCGACCUUCCGCGUUUGCCAUCGGAUGAGAUUCUUCGCUCCACACUGAUGGAGAUAGAGAUGAUUCUGAAUUCAAGACCGCUUACUGACAUACCAUUAGAUACCGACACGGAACCCCUCUAA